AUUCAUUGAAUUCCCACUUUACGAAGAAGCUGUCGACUAUAAGAGUCUGUACGAUUAAGACUAAUGUAGGCCGGUCGGUCGGUAGUGGUGUCAAUGGUCUUUACUGUUUACUUUUUGGCCUUUUAAUGUGUGACACUGAUAAUACUGUAGUGCUACGUUGAGUUACUAUUUUAAAAUCGUGAUUAAUCACCUUAAUUGUUUUGAAAUGUAUAUGUGCUUGUACCGUACUGUAGAUUUUGGGGGAAAUGUAAAAGAGUGAUCAAAUUUGUUCGAUUGGCCCUCUAGUCAGUCAAGAUACAGAGAGGGUCCGGUAUACGUGAUCGUAGCCUCGUCGGAGGCCUAUGCCAGAUAGAGAAAAUACCUGAAAACUAAAAAGGCUGAUCUUGUUUUUACAGUUUACCGGUAAUUGAAUUUUAAAAAUUCCAACCUAAAAUAGAACUAAGAUGGCUGUUCAAAUGUUUAUUAUUGGUGCAUUAAUGGUGAUAAUAUACAAAAUCUACAAAUGGUGUACAAGUCCAAUUACUACAGAAGAUCAAAAGUUUGAUGGAAUUGGCAAUCCACCAUCUUAUGCUAGUCUAUAUCCAAAACUGCCUGAUGAUAUCAAAGUCGAUUCAACCAGUAACCUUGGCCGUAUACUUGGCUUGAAAAAAUCAGAACCAUUCAUUGCAAUAGCUGAUAGAUUUACAUCAGAAGAAGAGGUAGCUGAUGCAAUACAACAAGCUGGACUGGAGUCUAGUAAUUUAAUAUUUGGUAUUGACUAUACAAAAAGUAACUUAUAUCAAGGAAAGUACAGUUUUGGAAGACAGAGUCUUCACUCUAUACGAAUUGGUACUAUGAACCCCUAUCAGCAAGUAAUUAAGAUAAUUGGUACUACAUUGGCACCAUUUGAUGAUGACGGAUUGAUUCCUGUGUUUGGAUUUGGAGACCAAUCUACAGGUGACAAGGCAGUCUUUCCUUUCCGUGCAGAUGGGCUAUGCCACGGCUUUCAGGAUGUGCUCGACUGCUACAACCAGAUUACACCGUCUGUAAUUUUAAGCGGGCCUACAAAUUUUGCACCACUUAUUGAUAAGGCAAUCAGAAUUGUGAGAGAAACACAAUCAUACCACAUCUUGGUUAUUAUCGCAGAUGGUCAGGUGACCAGGGAGCAGCAGACACAGGAGGCAAUAGUCCGAGCUGCAGACUACCCAUUGUCAAUCAUCAUGGUUGGCGUCGGUGAUGGCCCAUGGGGUACCAUGAAGGAAUUUGACAACCGCUUACCAAGAAGAAAGUUCGACAAUUUCCAGUUUGUAGAUUUUCACGGUGUUAUGCGCUCAUCUGCUUUUCCUGAAGCAGCGUUUGCACUUGCAGCGCUAAUGGAAUUGCCUGAUCAGUUUACGGCGAUAAGGCAUCUCGGAUUACUAGACUUUCCAACAAGAUAUUGACUUCAAUCCAGAGUAAAAUCAUUUUUUUGUAAUGAAUCCAGCUUCUGAUAACUCAAAUGUACUAGAGUGCUCAGCUCCAUAAAAUUUGAUGCCAUGAUCUCACACAUGAAAACAGACUUACUGAUUACCGUAGGUAAUGUCCAAGCUGAAGGAAAAUCAGCAUGGAAAAUCAGCAUUGAAAAUUGUUUGAUGUGGCCCUCCAUAGGUCAUCUGAUUAUCUCAGACUCAUCACAAACUUCUUCUUGGAAUGAAAUUCCACUUACUACUCAACAAUCGGUUGGGAAGUUCAAAUCUGAACUUAAAACUUUUCAUUUCAGUUUUAAUUCUAUUAAUUUUUCUCUCUCGUUCAUUGUUUGUCCUUUUGAUUCUUUUUUUUGUUUUUUGUUGGCAUUACCAGCAAAGUAACUUUGUGGCAGUGGUGCCGUGAUUAUCUGCCAAAAUGGAUGACAGAUACGUGCGCAUUUAAAUAUCUGAUUGAUUGAUAACUGUCAUAUUAUUCCGAUGGCUAUUUGCAUCAGGAGAAAUAAUACAAAUUGACAUACUGUAUCAUACGAACUGUCAUAUUAAAUAUCACAAUUCCUUAAUGCCAGUAUAACUAUUUAAAUAAAACCAACAUGCUUUCAGUGCACUGGUCCAAAGUUGAACCAGUUAUCUCCGUAUACUAGACAGGCAAAUUUUCAUAGUUUCAAGUGCUAGGCAAUAUUUUAGUUAAUUAUUAACAUUUGAUAAAAUACGGACAUUGUGUGCUCAUGGGUUUUCUUGUGUGCUAUUCAAAAUGUUGGCAAACUUUUAAAAUUUUUAAACAAUAUUAAUCAAAUUGUUUUAAUUGUGUGCAAUUGGGAAUUAACCUACCUGUUGGAGAGGAAGAAAAUUAAAUAUUGAUGUAGACAGCUCAGGAAUUUUAAAAAUUUGAGGCCACAGUUCUGGAAUUAAUUUAGUAACAGUAAACUUUUCAGUGUAAACAGGAGUGUGGUAGAUAAACUUUUUUAAAUUUUUAAAAGAACACAAUUUAUAUUUGAAAAGUGUGUAAAAUAAAAACAAAAUAAGAACAUGGUGAGCCUGAAAUUGGCAACAAAUAAGAACACUGAGCCUGGGCAAAAUUUUACUGGUUCUAUAAAAAAGUGUAGUGGUGGAUGCUUAAUUGUUAUCAUUUCAAAGUGAAUUAUGUCCCUCAUGACUUGGAGAAACACUUUUAUGCAAAAACAAUGCACAAAAUAUCAUUUAACUCGAAAAUGUUUAUUACUAUUUACCAAUCAAUCUUGAUAUUCAGUCAAAAUAUUAACGUUAAUGAUUUACAAGAACAAUUGCAUGUGUUUAUUAUUAGAAAUAAAAAGAAAUACAGAUACAGAACUUUUAUUAGUCUAGUGAAAGACUAAUAUAUGCUACAUACAGUAAUUGGAAUUUUGUAUAUAAGUAUUUACUAAAAUGUCUUAUGGAUGAAGAAUAUAGAAUUGUGCAUGUUUUCCAUAGGCAUUUGUUUAGUGUUUAGAAUUACGCACUACAGUACACUGUUAUUACCAAAUGCAGUAAUUACAGUAUAUAGAAUUUUUUACCUCUCUGAUAACUCUGUAAAUGUAACAGUCGAAUAUCAGUACAAAUGAUUGUUCUUGUAAAAGUAAAAACGUUUUUAAUAAACCAUUUUUUGAUAAAUACAA